CAUGCAGGACCGACAGCCGGAACAGAGUCCUGGCAUCAUCUGGACUCAGAUGUUAAGUUUUGAUUUCUCGGAUUUUCUUUAUCUGUGAGAAACUCAUUUGCUACAGUUUGAGAACUAGUUUUGGCCACAGACUGUUUGGAUUGGGACUCCUGAGGGCUCUUCUCCGUCCGGACCUAACAUUUGAACUUCACAAUGACUUUAGCAGCUAAAUUAGAGGAUAUUGAAGUGACGCUGGAGCACCUACUAAUGGAUGUGUUUAUGACGGAGGGUCGCAGAUGCCAAGUGCACCUCCUUGACGACAGGAAGCUGGAGCUCCUCGUUCAGCCAAAGCUUUUGGCCAAGGAGUUGCUUGACUUGGUGGCAUCUCAUUUCAACCUGAAGGAGAAGGAGUACUUUGGAAUUGCAUUCACAGAUGAAACGGGACACUUGAACUGGCUUCAGCUGGACCGCCGGGUGCUGGAACAUGACUUCCCCAAAAAGUCAGGACCGGUUGUUUUGUACUUUUGUGUCAGGUUCUACAUUGAAAGCAUCUCCUAUCUGAAGGACAAUGCCACCAUUGAACUGUUUUUCUUGAACGCCAAGUCCUGCAUCUACAAGGAACUCAUUGAGGUUGACAGUGAAGUGGUGUUUGAACUGGCUGCAUACAUCUUGCAGGAGGCAAAGGGGGAUUUUUCAAGCAAUGAAGUUGUAAGGAAUGAAUUAAAGAAGCUGCCCGCCCUUCCAACACCAGCGCUGAAGGAGCAUCCUUCCCUCGCUUACUGUGAGGAUCGGGUCAUUGAACAUUACAAGAAACUAAAUGGUCAGACAAGAGGUCAAGCAAUUGUGAAUUACAUGAGCAUUGUAGAAUCCCUCCCAACAUAUGGAGUGCAUUAUUACGCAGUAAAGGACAAGCAGGGAAUUCCUUGGUGGUUAGGACUUAGCUACAAGGGGAUUUUUCAAUAUGACUACCAUGACAAAGUGAAGCCAAGAAAGAUCUUCCAAUGGAGGCAGCUGGAGAACCUCUAUUUCCGCGAGAAGAAGUUCUCCGUGGAGGUGCACGACCCGCGCAGGGCAUCUGUGACCAGGAGGACAUUUGGGCAUAGUGGCAUCGCUGUGCAUACGUGGUACGCCUGUCCAGCACUAAUAAAGUCUAUCUGGGCUAUGGCCAUUAGUCAACAUCAGUUCUACCUGGACAGAAAGCAAAGCAAGUCCAAGAUUCAUGCUGCAAGAAGCCUGAGUGAGAUUGCGAUUGACCUGACGGAAACUGGAACGCUCAAGACCUCAAAGCUGGCCAACAUGGGGAGUAAAGGCAAAAUUAUCAGCGGCAGCAGCGGGAGUCUUCUGUCAUCAGGUUCCCAAGAGUCGGAUAGUUCUCAGUCUGCCAAGAAAGACAUGCUGGCUGCACUGAAAUCCAGGCAAGAAGCUUUGGAAGAGACACUGCGCCAACGCUUGGAAGAACUAAAGAAGCUGUGUCUCCGAGAAGCGGAGCUCACAGGAAAGCUGCCACGAGAAUACCCCCUAGAUCCCGGGGAGGAGCCGCCUAUUGUAAGGAGAAGAAUAGGAACUGCCUUUAAACUGGAUGAGCAGAAAAUCCUGCCCAAGGGAGAGGAGGCAGAGCUGGAGCGCCUGGAGAGGGAGUUUGCCAUUCAGUCCCAGAUCACAGAGGCUGCCCGGCGCCUGGCCAGCGACCCGAACGUCAGCAAAAAGCUGAAGAAACAGAGGAAGACAUCCUACCUGAACGCGCUGAAGAAACUGCAGGAGAUCGAGAACGCCAUCAAUGAGUAUCGCAUUAAAUCUGGGAAGAAGCCAACCCAGAGAGCCUCCCUGAUCAUCGAUGAAGGAAACAUUGCCAGUGAAGACAGCUCCCUCUCAGAUGCCCUUGUUCUCGAGGAUGAGGAUUCUCAGGUCACCAGCACAAUAUCCCCUCUCCAGUCCCCACACAAAGGACUCCCUCCCCGGCCACCCUUGCACAACAGGCCUCCUCCUCCGCAGUCGCUGGAAGGUCUCCGCCAGAUGCAUUACCACCGCAAUGACUAUGACAAGUCCCCCAUCAAACCCAAGAUGUGGAGCGAGUCAUCCUUGGAUGAACCCUACGAGAAGGUCAAGAAACGCUCCUCACACAGUCAUUCCAGCAGUCACAAGCGGUUCCCCAGCACGGGGAGCUGUGCCGAGGCGGGAGGGAGCAACUCUCUGCAGAACAGCCCCAUCCGGAGCCUUCCCCACUGGAAUUCCCAGUCCAGCAUGCCGUCCACGCCGGAUCUACGGGUACGCAGUCCGCACUACGUCCACUCCACGCGGUCAGUAGACAUCAGCCCAACCAGACUGCACAGCUUAGCUCAGCACUUUAGACACCGGAGCUCCAGUUUGGAGUCGCAGGGCAAGCUCCUGGGCUCAGAAAAUGAGACGGGGAGCCCCGAUUUCUACACCCCAAGGACUCGUAGCAGUAACGGCUCUGACCCCAUGGACGACUGCUCUUCCUGCACCAGCCAUUCCAGCUCUGAGCACUACUACCCCGCUCAGAUGAACCCCAACUACUCCACCCUAGCAGAGGACUCCCCGUCGAAAGCCAGAGAGCGGCAGAGGCAGAGGCACAAAUCGGCAGGCAACCUGGUCUCUUCCAAUUCAGGGAGCAUGCCCAACCUGGCUGCCAGGAACGGGACGGGACACCACCGCGUCUACCUGCACAGCCAGAGCCAGCCCUCCUCCCAGUACAGGAUCAAAGAGUACCCCCUGUACAUCGAGGGCAGCUCCACACCCGUGGUGGUGAGGAGCCUGGAGAACGACCAGGAGGGACACUACAGCGUGAAAGCACAAUUCAAAACCUCCAACUCCUACACGGCGGGGGGGAUGUUUAAGGAGAACUGGCACGGGGAUGAAGUGGACUCCGUCAGGCUCACCCCCUCCCGCUCCCAAAUCAUAAGGACUCCGUCUCUGGGCAGGGAGGGCCACGAGAAAGGCUCGGGUAGGACUGCGGUGUCGGACGAGCUGCGGCUCUGGUACCAGCGGUCCACGGCCUCCCACAAGGAGCACAGCCGCCUCUCGCACACGAGCUCCACUUCCUCGGACAGCAGCUCCCAGUACAGCACAUCUUCACAAAGCACCUUUGUGGCGCACAGCCGGGUCACGAGAAUGCCUCAGAUGUGUAAAGCAACAUCAGCUGCCUUACCUCACAGCCAGAGGAGUUCAACGCCGUCGAGCGAACUAGCAGCCACGCCGCCGGGCAGCCCCCACCACAUUCUCACAUGGCAGACUGGAGAAGCAACAGACAACUCACCCACUAUGGAUGAGUCUCAGUCUCCAACCCACCAAAGUACUGAUGACUAGAGGAACUACAACGAUAGCUGUUUCCUGGAUUCUCCCCUCUAUCCAGAAUUAGCAGAUGUCCAGUGGUAUGGGCAGGAAAAAGCCAAGCCUGGGACUCUAGUGUGAACCCCUGACCUCAAGUUAAUCACAUCAAUGCCAUUCUGAGAUCACCUCACUGCCUCUCAUUUGCCUUACCCAGAUGCACUGUCACCCAGCACCAGCUUCAACUCUAAGCACUUUUCUCACCAUGCAAAUUCAAGGCGACAUUUACAGAGCACUGGCCCCGAGACAUCCCCCACGAUGGACAGACAGACCAACCACAAGACAUCCCCCAUGAUGGACAGACGGACCAACCACAAGACAUCCCCUGCCAUGGACAGACGGACCAACCACAGCACAUCCCAUUGCCAGGCUGGCACACAUCCCCCCCCCUGCAGCCCAUGGUGUGGGGGGUUGCAGAUGAGCAGCCAGCGUAAUUAUCAGUCAGCAAUUUCAUAAUUGAUUUUCCUUUGAACCGAUGGAAGCCCUUCAACGCCCUUCAACAUGAGAUCUUACUGUUUAAGAUCUUAAGAUUUAAGAUCUUACUGUUUUCUGCGGCACGUAACAGCAGUCAGCUUUCCACGACCGGCCACCUGAUGCCAACAGAGCACUCGUUUAAAAAGGGAGGGGGGUAAAAUGGGACAGGGGCUGAGAAAUGGAUACCCCAGUCCUGAAAGAAAGGGCAUCUGUUACAAACGAGUAAAAUCCCCCCGUCGGCUCCGCGCUGCCAAAGGUCGCCACGCCAGUUUGCUCAGCGAGUUCUAGCCACAGGAACAUCCCUCUCACGUAACUCAGUGGCAGACACGACCCCCCCUCUCCUCUAAAACAGCUUCUCCUCCUCCACUUCCAGCCCACCUGUGCGCCAGUAAAACAACCCCAUGUGCCCAAGAGGUCUGGGCUGGUAUCUCAGCAUCUACAAACUACUGUUGAACUGGACAAACCAGGUUUACAAAGGCAUUAUCUUAACGCAGAGGCAAAAAACUGCUACUCCCAGCACCUGUGGCUGGCACGGGCUGCACGCCAGUACAGAGAGGUUGGCAUUAUGCUGGUUUCAUGGCGGGUUUUUCUUUUUUAAAUAUUCUGACGAAGAUCAAAAAUUGCCAAAAAAAAAA